CCACGCUCCCAGGGCGCUGUCCACUGCUGCCUCGGCCGACCCUGGUGAACUCUGUGCUCCAGGAGCCACCUGUGUCCCCAGAGCCGCCACCUGUGCUCCCGGCAAGCCUCGCCUUCUCCACCAGGCCCCAACCUCCCGGGUGCCGCGUUCUGCACCCAAGCCCACAUUUAUGCCCUCCUGGGGCUCCUCCUUUGAACCAGACCCCACGCUCCGAGACGCAGCAGCCAUGGCCCAGCGGGCACCUUGGAUGGUCAGCGUGCGAGCCAACCACAUCCAUAUCUGUGCAGGCAGCCUCAUUGCCUCCCGCUGGGUGCUGGCUGUUCCCCACUGCUUGACCCAGCAGCACGUGAACUACAUGGCGAGGGUGGGGAGCCCAUGGAUUGACCAGGAGACACCAAGAAGUGCCGAUAUCCCUGUGGGGCAGGUCAUCGUGAGCCCCAGGUACCGGCCCCAGCGCUUCUGCUCCUGGAUUGGCCAGGCCAACAACAUUGGCCUCCUCAAGCUCCAGCACACGCUCAACUACAGCAAGUACGUGUGGCCCAUCUGCCUGCAGGACCUGCACUAUGAGCUGGAGCCCGGCUGCCGCUGCACCGUGAUGGGCUGGGGUCUCUCCAGGGCCGAUGGCAAGUGGCCCCAGUUCCGAACCAUCCAGGAGAAGGAGGUCAGCGUCCUGGACAACAAGGAGUGCGCCCAGUUCUACCACAUCUUCUCCACCAUCUCCUCUCUGGUGUGGAUCGUCACCUCCCAGAUGAUCUGUGCCACGGACCCCAGCAGGGAGCACUUCUGCCAGGUGAGCACUGGUGAGCCCCUGGUCUGCUCCUCUGAGGGCACCUCAUACCUGGUGGGCUUGGUGAGCUGGGGUGCAGGCUGCAGGAAGAAAGAGGCACAGCCCAUCUUCCUCCGAGUCUCCCCCUACCAGUCCUGGAUCGGAGCCCAGCUUGGCGGGCAGCCCCUGGGCCUGCGCGCCCCGUCCCGAGCCCUGCUCCUGGCCCUGCCACUGCCCCUCAGCCUCCUGGCUGCUCUGUGA